AUGAACCAAUUUGAAACAAUUUCUGCUCUGGACCCUCGUGAACACCAGUCAAUGACAGCUGCUCCAAAGUCGACAACCAACAAGCCUCAGUCGGUAUCUUCAUCGGUAGCAAACUCAAAAGGAGUGAAGCGGCAUGAAAGUAACGAAGUUGAGCAUGAGGACGAGGAGCAAGACAAUGGUCAUGAGGGCAACAAUAAGCGGGAGGUGAACGAUUCAUUGGACAAUGUCAACAAACUUAUGGUCAACUUUGAUGGGUUUGGAUCGCUUUGCGAGCCUUUUGCAAUGCCCCGCUUCAAUGAUGGAGACAAAGACGUUGGAACCGUCCGAUCGGCCAUUAUGUGCAAGCCCUUAAGUUUAAAUGCACCAAGCUUUUCGCUCAGUCCAACGUGCGUGUCAGCAUUGGCUCGCGACGAGGUCGUGAAAAGUGACACGGACUUUGACGAACCUUCAUGGACGAUUCAAGAGUUCCAGGAAUACUUAGGCAUGCUUGAGUUGUUGCAGGACGUAAGCAGUGAUGCCGAGGGCGGAGAAAUGUGUUUGUCAGCCGAUUGUCUCGGUCAAAUGGAGCGGCUACUCACAUCGCUCUUACCUCAAGGAGCGUGA